GCACACAUUCUGGCAGUUCCGGCAUGAGAACCCCAAGACCAGGGUUGGAGAUCCUCCGCCUGAGGGGCUUCCUGGCUUUAACAGUGGGGUGAUGCUGCUGAACCUGGAAGCCAUGCGCCAGUCUCCGCUUUACAGCCAUCUACUGGAGCCUGCACAGGUGCAGCAGCUUGCAGACAAGUACCGGUUCCGUGGUCACCUUGGGGACCAGGACUUCUUCACCAUGAUUGGCAUGGAGCACCCUGAGCUCUUCCAUGUGCUGGACUGCACCUGGAACCGGCAGCUCUGUACCUGGUGGAGGGACCAUGGCUACAGCGAUGUCUUCCAGGCCUACUUCCACUGCGAGGGCCACAUCAAGAUCUACCAUGGGAACUGCAACACUCCCAUCCCAGAGGACUAGGCACUAGCUCACCUGCUAUGCCUAUGGAGCCCCUAGGCCUGGAGAAGGAAGAGUGUCUCUGCAGGGGGUUGUCUUUUGGAAUCCAGGUGCUGAAGAUCUCCCAGCUGGCAAGUCCCUGUCCUACAGCACUCCAAGGAAGCCUGGCCUGUGGACUGCUAGUGCUCAGGCUGUUUUCCUUCAGGGCCCAAGGCAUCAUGAAGGACAAACAUAUAGGCAUUUUCUGGUACUCAAAGGUUGAAGAUAAGGAAGGAAAAUCGCACCCUUGAGCUCAUGGAAUAAAAAUCCUUUUAAAGAACUGGCCUUUCCUAGACCAAAUAUAAAGUUCAUUUAGAUUGACAGCCUUCCAUUUUGUGAGAAAGAACAGCAGUACCACCGUAGCUCCCACUGAGCUCUGCAUGAGUGAGGCAGGGUUUUAACAAGCAGCCCAGAGCUUAAGCAUCCAAAGGAAUACCAGCCUUCCACAUCCUCACCCAGGAGGCUGUGAUCUCCUCUCGGGAUGUUCAUGUUGCUUAGUGCAGGCUUCAGAAACAGUGCCCCCGUAGAGAAGGCCUCUUGGGCCGGCUGGGAAGCACUUAAUAGUCUUCUUAUUGUAGCAGUCACACCUCUUAUCUCUCCAUUAUAUCCCAGAACCCCAUCUCCAGAAUCCCAUCUCCCCUUAGCUGUCCACCUGCUCCAGGUCACCUGACUGCUAAGGACUCAAAUCCACCAUCAAAGAACAGAGACUGGCCAUGCCCAGGCGUACAGUAGGAUUGCCAGCCUGGGAGAACUUAUUCCAGCCGCCUCACCAUUCACUCAUGCAACUGUGUGGGCUUGCAAAGCGAGUGGUCCUCUUGUCUGGUUCUAGUCUCUGUGUGUUUUCCAGUUGCACCAUGCCAGACCCUACAUCUUCGCAGAGGUUAGUGUCAUUUCUUAAUUUCUGCUUUUCAUGGGCUCUGUUUAAGUCAGCUGCCCACAGGAAGCCACUACUGGGCCAGGCCAUACAGUCCAGCUCACGUUCUCAGGAGAGAACUGUGAGAUUUCCUUGUAUUAUGUUUCAGUUUCAUUUACUUUUUAAAUUUCUUUUCACCUUAGCUAAUAGCUAAUAAAUAAUCUUGGAGAACUUCUUCGAUUCAUUUUGUUUGUUCUCUGGUCACACUUUUCAGUGGCAUUAGGCUCUGAAUGAAGAGUGCAAUCAAUCAGUAUCAUCCAGAGCAACCCCCACCAUGAUUAAGCAAAGCACGCUCACAGCAGGACUCAAAGGGCCGAUCUGAGGGCCUGUCUGGGGGUGCCAGGGAGCUGGUAUAGUUGUGCUUGGUUCCAAGACAAAGAGUCAUUCUAGGCUUUGGUAGGGCCAUCUGCUGCUGUAUACAGGGACCCUCACCCUGUCUUGUCCUUAACCCAGACCUCCCAGUUGCAUUCACUCCUGGCAAGGUGGCACAGACUCCAUCCUGCCUUCUGCUGGGGCUGAAUCCAUCUGUUCUCUCAGCUACUUGAUUUCCUAUUUAUAGCUUCUGGUUAUUGGAUGCCUGCCAUGUGGCAGGCAUCAUCUUGAGGAUUUAUAUACACUAUUGAUAAUAUUCAUGAAAACCUCAGCCAGCUUAUUCCAAUUCUAAAACCAAUUGUAUGAAAACAGAAGCAAUCUGGACACAGUCAUGUUACUGCACUGUUUAUGGCAGCUUUUUUAUUGUACCAAAAUUUUGGAAACAAAAUGCUGAGUAGGGAAGUAGAUAAAUAAUGCAUACUCCAUCUGUAUAAUGGAAUACUUUAUUUAAAAUAAUUUUAAGGAAUCUUUAAUGUCAGAAAAUGCUUAUGCUAUUGAGUAAAAAGCUGCAAAAUAUAAAAUUUUGUGUAUGUCAUUUACAUGUGUUAUCUAUAUGUAUUUGUGUACAGAUAAAUACAUACAUGAAACAUGUAUGUAUGUAUGUAUGUAUGUAUGUAUGAAAUGGGGAAGAAGCAAGAGUAAACCUGUUCUCUGUUUUGUUAGUUCAACUCCUCAAAAACCAUUUUUCCAACACCAUAUUACUAAGCAAUUAUUUCAGUGGGAAAAAAGUGGAUUAAAGGCUGGGGAACUUUUCUGCAAUAACUGAAGUGCUUCUGAAGCUACAAGUGUCUUUUAUUAUUGCAAGGAAAACAAUAAACUGAUUACUCAUCGUAGGCCAAGGCCCAA